CAAUCAAAUGAUCGGUACCUUGAUAAGUUUAUCAAAGUUCUGUAUUCAAUUCGUUAUAAAAUGUCCCAUCUAAAUAACUUUUUAGUUUUAAUUGUUAUCCUAAAUUGUUUGAAAUCUUUUAAUUGUAUGGACUAUUUUGUAUCAUCACCGAGGAUCUAUUGUUCAUUGGGGAAGAUCUUCAAACAUUAGAAAAAAUUCGAGUCGCAAGACAAGUGAAUCAAAAUAAUCGACGAACGGUCAAGAAUGGAAACAAUUGGAACUCGAUGGGUCAAGGAAUGAACGGAAAUUCGCAACAGAAUAAAUUUAACUCUGGUCAAGGUUCCAACGGUCAAACAUCUUCUACUGGUGGUACUUCAAUGAUGACCCAAAAUGGACAAUCGACUCGAGGUAAUCGACAAAUGGCUCCAAUUAAUAACGGAAAAGGAAAUUACCCUCAGGGCAAUCAAAUGAAUGGACAAACAAAUGGUCAAAACUUUGGUCCAGUUAAUAAUAAUGGGAUCAACAGUCCACCACAACAAGGAAUCAAUCAGAAUAGCAAUAUGAGGCCUCUGACGGGAAUUCCAGGUCAAAAUAAUAACAUGCAAGUUACUAAAUCGCCGACGAAUUCAGGUCAACAAUUAUAUCGAUUACAAAAUCGUAGGAUCGGCUAAUGGACAAGACUAACUGACCAUUGAACGAAAUUGUUUCGUCAUAUCGGUGAAUCUUUUUUUUUAAUUGUUCCAAUCAAAUAAUCACCUGGAAGAUAACAAUUAACAAAUUAUCAUCUCAAUUAUCAAGCAACUGAAUUACAUGUAAUUAACAGCAAUAACAAUAAAGUAAUCAUCUAAUAGUUGAUACAAUUUAA